AUGCCUUACGAACCAAGAUUGUUUCUCUUCGGAGACCAGACAUAUGAUAACGAGCCACACCGGAAGGAGUUGAUGCGACACAGGCAGAACCCAGUUCUGGAGGACUUCUUGACCAAGUCAUACGAGGCCAUUCGAAAAGAGAUCUACAACCUACCAGUUGAAGUUAGGACUCGCCUACCGAGGUUUACCUCCUUGGACGACCUGCUCCUGUGGAAGCAAGAUGGCCAACGAGUUAUCGCAUUGGACAUGGCUUUGACCUGCCUGUACCAGCUCAGUGUAUUCAUCAGCCAAGCCGAUUCGUGGGACUUUUACAGUAGAUACUCUGGAGUCAUUGGCCUGUGCACGGGAGCGCUUGCUGCGGCCGCUGUCGUCUGCAGCCGAAACACGCUGGAGCUGGUGCCGAUCGCGGUAGACGCCGUCGUGGUCGCCUUCCGGACAGGCAUGCGCGUAGCCGACAUGGCGCAGCGUCUCGAUCCAUCCGACUCACUGGAUCAGAGCUGGUCCUUUGUUGUGCCCGGUGCUUCCUCCGCCGAAGCGGUGGAAAAGUACCGUGAAAGUACUACUUUACCACUGUCCGCCAGGCCCUACAUUAGCGCCUACUCACCAAAUGGCAUCACUGUUAGCGGCCCUCCCCGCUCUCUAGGCCUCCUGUACAGGUCUCGCGCCUUGGGCUCUCCCGGACUCAAGAGCAUCUCCAUUUUUGGUCCUUACCAUGCUCCUCACCUCUACAGCCAAGAGGAUGUUGACGAUAUCGUGGGGAUCCUCGGCGAAUCCAAUGCUGAAUCAUACAAGAAUCUUAUCCCCAUCUUUUCCAGCGCCGGCUCAUUGGAGAAUGGCACAUUUGGCCAGCUCCUGAAGAACGCCGUGGCCCAUAUCCUGCUGGAGCCUAUCCGCUGGAACAAUGUGAUCGAGACAUUGCAGAACCGCGUCCAGAGUGGCCACCCCGAUUCCUUCAGCAUUGUUCCUAUUGCGACCAAAUCAGACCACCAAUUGAUUUACGCUGCUCUCAGGAAGACGCCGCUGGCCUCCUUGCUGCCCUCAACCUCUACACAAAAUGGUCCCGCCGUUGACAUUGGUGGCGAUGGCGACUAUGCUUCUCCAUCCAAGCCCAAGCUAGCCAUUGUCGGCAUGUCUGGAAGAUUCCCCGGCGCAAAAGACAAUGAGGCAUUCUGGCGCGUUUUACAUGGCGCCAUGGACAUGCACAAGACAGUGCCGCCUCUUCGCUGGCAUGCCGAGAGUCAUGUCGACCCACAGGGAAAGAAGAAGAACACAAGCAAGGUCGCAACGGGGUCGUGGCUAGACGAUCCUGCUAGCUUUGAUGCGCGCUUCUUCAACAUCUCGCCUCGAGAGGCGCCGCAGAUUGAUCCGGCUCAGAGACUUGCUCUGAUGACGGCGUAUGAAGCUGUCGAGCAAGCUGGCAUCGUCCCGGACGCUACUCCGUCUACGAGACGCGACCGUGUGGGUGUCUUCUACGGUGUCACGAGCCAGGAUUGGUUCGAGACGAACAGCGCUCAGAACAUCGAUACCUACUUCAUUCCGGGGGGUAAUAUGGCCUUUAUCCCUGGCCGCAUCAACUACUACUUUAAAUUCAGUGGUCCAAGUUAUGCGGUCAACACGGCAUGCUCUUCCAGUUUGGCGGGCAUCCACCUUGCCUGCAAUUCCUUGUGGAGAGGAGAUAUCGACACGGCCAUUGCCGGAGGGACAAACGUUUUGACGAACCCGGAUAUGACGGCUGGUCUGGACAAGGGACACUUCCUCUCACGAACUGGAAACUGCAAGACUUUUGAUGACACGGCUGACGGAUACUGCCGGGGUGAAGGAGUUGGAACCAUCAUCCUGAAGCGCCUUGACGACGCAAUCGCUGACGAGGAUCCCAUUCUGGGCGUCAUCCUGGGUGCAUACACAAACCACUCGGCCGAGUCCGAGUCAAUCACCCGACCUCACGUGGGUGCUCAGCGCGACAUCUUCAAGAAGGUUCUCAACCAGAGCGCAACCGACCCCUACAGUGUGGGAUACGUGGAGAUGCAUGGAACUGGCACUCAGGCUGGCGAUGCAGGCGAGAUGUCGAGUGUUCUCGAUACUUUUGCUCCUCCUCUUGCGGAUGUGCAGAAGCCCAGAAAUGAGUCCCAAGCGCUCUACUUGGGAUCAGCAAAGGCGAAUAUCGGACAUGGUGAAGCUGCCAGCGGCAUGGCGAGUCUCAUCAAGGUCCUACUCAUGCUUCAAAAGAACACUAUUGUUCCCCACGCUGGCAUCAAGACCAAGAUUAACCACAAAUUUCCCACUGAUAUGGACCAGCGAAAUGUCUUUAUUGCCAUGAAACCAACACCUUGGGAUAGAAGCUCUGACCCGCUCAAGCCGCGCAGAGCGUUUGUGAACAACUUCAGUGCCGCCGGUGGCAACUCUGCCCUGCUUCUCGAGGAUGCGCCUGUCAGGUCGAAGUCUACAAGUGUUGCGGCUGAUAGUCGCUCCCACCACGUUGUAGCUGUGUCAGCAAAGAAUGGUGCCUCUCUACAAGGCAAUCUGAAAUCUCUGCUUGAGUACCUGCAAGAAAUCCCUGAUAUCGAUAUUGGUCAGCUCUCGUAUACCACGACCGCUCGCCGCAUUCACCACCAGCAUCGGGUUAUGUUGACCGGCACAAACACCAAGGAUUUCUGCACCCAGAUCGACGAAGCACUCAAGAAUCAGACAGGCAUGACAAGACCCAAGGGAUCCCCCAAGGUGAUCUUCACAUUCACCGGGCAGGGUGCGCAGUAUCCCGGCAUGGCAAAGGAACUCUUCGAAAGCUUUUCUCUCUUCCGCACCGAGAUGCGUCGCUUGGAUCGCAUUGGACAGAGCCUAGGCUUCCAAUCUAUCUUGCCUUUCAUCGAAUCCACCGAGACGGAUGUCAGCAUCUUUGAUCCCGUGGUUGUUCAGUUGGCCAGUGUUUGCAUGCAGGUCUCGCUCAGCAAGCUUUGGGCAUCGUGGAACACCACACCUCUUGCAGUCGUAGGACACAGUCUUGGUGAAUACGCUGCACUCAACGUUGCUAGCGUUCUCUCUGAUGCUGACAUGGUCUACCUGGUUGGAUCGCGAGCCAAGAUGCUCCAAGAGAGAUGUACCCGCGGUACGCAUUCGAUGCUGGUUGUCAAGGCGUCAACCAAUGAAAUCGCCAAUGUCCUAAAGAAGGAGAAAUAUGAGACUGCUUGCAUCAAUUCUUCACUUGAAACGGUCCUCGCUGGUCUCAACGACGAGAUAGCCAAGUACAAAGAUAUGCUCACUGAUGCCGGAUUGAAGACAACAAUGCUGAAAGUUCCGUAUGCUUUCCACUCAUCCCAGGUGGAUCCAAUUUUGGAUGACUUCCAGGAGCUUGCCAGCGGAGCAACCUUCUACGAGGCCAAGGUGCCAGUCAUUUGCCCAUUGGAUGGUGGCAUUGUUGACGGUUUUGACAAAUUCGGCCCCGAGUACCUGGCUCGUCACACCAGAGAGCCUGUCAAUAUGCAGAGGGCACUGCUCGCUGCCAACAGCCACCAUAUCAUGACUGACCAGAGUACCGUCCUGGAGAUUGGCCCCCACCCUGCUAUCACUGGUAUGGUGAAGGCAGUCCAUGGGAAUAAGAUGACCUGCCUAGCAUCUUUGCAGAGGGGCAGAUCUACUUUACAGGUCUUGACCUCAAAUUUGAAGACUCUCUACAUGGCUGGCGCCAAUAUUCAAUGGUCCGCAUACCACGCUGACUUCAAAGCCUCCCACCAGGUCAUCCCUUUGCCAGCUUAUAGCUGGGAUCUGAAGCCAUACUGGAUUCAAUACGUCAACAAUUGGUCUUUGGCAAAGGGCGAUCGCCCCAAGAACGAUCGCCCCAAGGUGAUCAGCGAGUCUCCGCAGCUAGAGAGCACCACCAUUCACCGGGUCGUUAGAGAGACAGGCGACUUAAAUGAAGCGCACAUGGUGGUUGAGGCAGAUGUCACCCGCAAGGACUUCAGACCAUUGGUCGAGGGCCACGAGGUAGAUGGGAAACCCCUCUGCACUCCAGCUGUCUAUGCAGAGAUUGCUCUGAGCUUGGGCAAUCAUCUGCUCGAGCGUUAUAGCCCAGACAAGAAGCGAAACACCAUCCUCAAUGUAUCGGAUAUGACUAUCCUCAAGGCUCUCAUUUUGCGAGCUGAUGACCCUGAGCAGCGCUUGCAGGCCCAUGCCGAUGCUGACUUCUCUGCUAAGAAGGUUUUUGUCAAAUUCUCAACAUUCGAUCAGCAAAAGAAGCUCCAGGAGCACUCUCACUGCACAGUGCGCUUUACCGAUGGAAGUACACAGGAAAAACUCCAGAAAGAGAUGGCUGAUGUGAAACACAACAUGGAUGUCCUGCGAGCAGGUCUUGUGUCAGGUGACACGGCUCGGUUCAAUCGUGCCAUGGCAUACAGAGCCAUCAGACCGCUUGCUCGAUUCCAUGAUGAAUAUCGAGCCGUGGACGAAAUUGUACUCAACAGCAAGACUUUGGAAUCUUCGAGUCGUCUCAACUUUAGCAAGUUCCAUAAAGAGGGAGAUUUCCACACCCAUCCGGGCUUGCUCGACUCUCUGACCUGGUCGUCUGGAUUUGCUAUGAAUUGCAACGACAACAACGACCUUGAUAGAGAGGUGUUCGUCAACCAUGGAUGGGGUUCAUUUCAGAUGUUUGAACCUCUAAGCUUCUCCAAGGAGUAUACUACUUACUCCCGUAUGGUUGAGGGUAAAGAUCGUUUGUGGCACGGCGAGAUCAUGAUCAUGGAUGGUGAUCGAGUUGUUGCACACUUUGGGCAAUUUGCGAUGCAAGGAGUACCACGACGUCUCCUGAGAAUUAUUCUAUCCGCAGAGAGCAAGGACAAGGCCAAGCCCCACCAGGCACAACCGCAGAAGCCAGCCCAGAAACCAGCCCAGAAGAAGAAUGAGGUCAAUGCACCAGAACUCUCCAAAGCACUGGGCAAUGCCAAGCAGAAGGACCGCGAGCAGCCCAAGGCGCAACCAUCGGGCUCACCUACCGCGGAGCAAGCAUUGGCCAUCAUUGCAGAAGAGAGUGGCCUUGCUAUUGAUGAUCUCACGGACAACACUGUCUUUGGUGAUGCAGGCAUUGACUCCCUUCUUGGACUUACAAUCUCGGCACGAUUUAAGGAGGAGCUCGACAUGGAUCUCGACAUCAAUGCAUUGUUCUACGAAUAUCCUACCGUAGGAGACCUCAAGCGCUUCUUGGCUGGAGGACAAUCUCAACACACCGAGACAGAUGCCUCGACAGGAGAAUCCAGUGAGACAGCGUCCACUCCAGAAACCGACAGCGCAAGUGAAGAGCCCACGGGGGCUACAACUCCCUUUACCGAAGUCAACGUCGAAGAUGCCACAGCAAAAGUCGACUUCGAGCGUGCCCUUGAGAUCAUUUCAGAAGAAAGCGGUGUGGCAGCUGAUGACCUCACUGACGAUACCAACUUUGGUGAUGCUGGAGUCGACUCCCUCCUGUCUCUUGUCAUUGUCAGUCGGUUCCGAGACGAGCUCGGAAUGGAUAUUCAGCACGAGUCACUCUUUCUCGAGUGCCCGACGGUAGCCGACCUGAAGCAGACGCUGGUAGGCACAUCCCAAGAAGACCCCGUGGCGGCCAAAGCUGAAACCACUCCAGCAGUAAGCGUUGUCGAGAAUGACGGGGCGGAAGCUUCUGCGCCGAGCGUACAAGCGCCUCCCGGUCCCGCUCUCGAGCUCUCCGAAUCCGACAAGGCUCGCAAGCACACGAUUGACCAGUAUAUCGAAAAAUACACUGCAGGCUUUUCUGCUCCAGUUCCAAAGUCUCGCAAAGCGACGCCCAAUGACAACGAGAAGGUUGUACUAGUGACAGGUGCUUCGGGCAGCUUAGGCGGUCAUCUCACCUUUAAGUUGGCACACCUCUCCGACGUCAAGACUGUGAUCUGUCUUAAUCGCGAGAACAGAGCUGGGGCAUUUGAGCGCCAGAAGAAAGCCAUGAAGGACAAGGGGGUUCAUUUUCCCGAGGAACUCCUCUCCAAACUGGAAGUGCACCAAGCAGAUACCUCCAAGCCCAUGCUAGGACUCUCCAACGAUGAGUAUCAAAAGCUUGUAGCGUCUGUCACUCAUGUAGUCCACCAGGCGUGGCCCAUGAGCGUAAAGCGUCCAUUGCCCGGCUUCGAGUCACAAUUUUCCGUAAUGAGGAACCUCAUUGAUCUCGCCUGUGCCGUCACGGCACAGAGACAAAAGGGUUUCCGAUUUGGCUUCCAGCUGGUCUCCUCGAUCAGCGUCGUUGGCAACUAUGCCCAGAGCGAGAAGACAUUCAAGGAGGGUAAGAAGACGCUGGUGCCCGAGGACAGGGUGAACGUUGAUGCACUCUUGCCGGUUGGCUAUGCCGAGGCUAAAUGGGGCUGCGAACGUAUGCUUGACGAGACACUACACAAGCAUCCUGACUUGUUCCGCCCCAUGACGGUUCGUCUUGGCCAGAUCGCCGGGUCCAGUGUCAGCGGCUACUGGAACCCUAUGGAACACUUUGGCUUCUUGAUCAAGUCGUCGCAAACUCUCAAUGCCCUGCCUGAUGUUGAUGGAACCGUUUAUUGGACUCCCGUAAAUGAGAUUGCUGGUACAUUGUGCGAUUUGGUUCUGUCGAACCGCGACCCCCACCCCGUGUACCACAUUGAGAACCCUGUAGGCCAGCCGUGGCCUAAAGUGAACACAAUCAUUGCCGACGCUCUGGGUAUUCCCAAGUCAAACAUGAUACCCCUAGAGGAAUGGACUCAACGAGUCAAGGAUGCACCGCAGCGCGACAAUCCGGCCUCGACACUAGCAGACUUUUUGGGUAGCAAUUACAAACGCAUGUCUUGUGGCGGUCUUGUCCUGGAUGCGCAAAAAACACUUGAACACUCGCAAACUCUAGCUGCAGUUGGCCCGGUCAGCGAGGAGGUUAUUCGGAAGUACAUCUAUGUCUGGAAGACGAUCGGUUUCCUGAAGAAGUGA